AUGCUCACCAAAGUCAGCCACCUCCUCCCGGCGACGCCCAGCAACGGUCAGCCACAUGGCUGCCUCGUCGAAGACAUUGUCGAAGGCUUCAUCCACGACAAAGACCAUGCGGGCACGAUCCAUAUCUGGGCGCUCGGUUUCUUCGUCGGGUUCCUCGGGCUCUUGGCGUACAUUGCGUCGGCGGCCGUCUCGGUGAGCUAUGUCGCCGACUGUCUCGCAAUGCAGUGGACCUCGCCGCGCUUCAUGGUGCUCUCUGCCCUCGCGUGCCUUGUGCCGAGCGUGCUCUCGAACCUCCGACGCGCCAACUUGAGCGUUUGUCUCGUCUUGAAUUACUUUUACACGAUUGGAAAGCACGUGCACACGCUCUCGAAGGACAAUGACGCACCCGUCUUAUGCUUCUCGAUCAGAAAGUACAACCAUACGCGCGCCAAGCAGCUCAAAGCAGUCAAGCUCAAGGCGGCCAAGCGGUCCGGCGCAACUAGCUCCUAG